CCCCCCGGGUAGUGAGAGUGACCCUCACUGAGGAAGCGGAACCUUUGUGAGGGAGGAGGCGGAGCCUGGGACUGUUGUGGCGGUUGCUCUUUGGCGGCGCGCACGAUUGGGAGAGAGAAAAGAAUGAAGAAGAAAGAGCGCGGGGCCGGCGGCUCAGGGUCAGGCCGAGAGCGGGGAAAGGAGGUCCUGGUGUUCAGCGAGGAUGCCCGGAGGGAGUUUCUGACCGGCUUUCACAAGCGUAAGGUGGAGAGGAGGAAAAAGGCUUUGGAAGAAAUUAAAGUGAAGCUGAAGGAAGAACAGAAACGAGUGAAAGAGGAGAGACACAAAGAAUAUUUGAAGAUGUUCAAGGAGAGACAAGAAGCUUUAGAGGAAGCUGAUGAGUUGGAUCAAAUGACAGCAUCCAAAAUGGAAUCCAUUCAGUAUGACCAUCCAAACCACACUGUCACUGUAACAACGGUUAGCAGUUUAGAUUUGACUGCUGCCAAUUUGUACCUUGGUGCAAACCAGCCUGAAGACAUUGAGGGAGAAGAGAUGGUGAAGAGAGAUGAUCUGAACGUGAAAAGAGACAAUCCUGUACCAAGGAAAGGAGCUGAACCCAUAAUGUCUGCAAAAAUCUCUUCACUGACAUCUGCCUUACAUUCAAGUGUGAAAAAUCAAAAAGGAAAGAAAUGGAAAAGUUCACAUGAUCAGGUCAAAAAACCCCCGAAAGGCAAGACCACAAAAUCACAGAGAAGAAAACGGACAGGAAAACCAGUGGGGGAGUGGUAAUUCACAGAAAUGCCAGUCACUGAGCCCAACUAUCCUAUGAAUAAAGAGUCACUUUGUGAUGUUAAUAUUAGAACAACAA